AUGGGCGUUAUUGAUGAUAGAGUGGUGUGCAGUUCGGCAAUUGAACAAAGAACGAAGAAAUUCACGCCUGCACCAACAAUUUUCAAUGAUCACAUCGAUUACCUUGACUCUGAUGUCAACACACGGGCUCUGAACUCUCUUGUGAUGGUUUUUGUGAUCAAACCCUAUCGAGAGUUUCUCAUCACAAGUAGCAAGAGGAUCGUGUUAAGACGUAUGAUGAGGAUCUAUGAGAAUUCGAAUGCAAGCAAUCAACCAUGGACCGAG